ACAGCUGCAGUCACAGAUCUGUGCAUUUGUGAAGAAAAUCAGACUGAAUUCAUCUGCUCUUUCUAAACAACUGACUCAAAAACUGAGCGCAGACAUGUCAACUGCCAGCAAUCUGCGAGCUGAAGAUCAGUUUCUGUGCGCCAUCUGUCUGGAGGUGUUCGCCGAUCCAGUCACCACACCAUGUGGCCACAACUUCUGCAAAAGAUGCAUCACUCAGCACUGGGAUGUUAAUAUGCCCUGCCGGUGUCCCAUGUGUAAGGAGACGUUCAACACGAGACCUCAGUUGAAGGUCAACACUUUGCUUUCUGACGUGGUUUCUCAGUUCAAACGAGAAGCUCAGAAGAAAGCCAGCAGCAGCAGCUCAGAGCAACAAGCUGCCAAACCGCAACUUCCCUGCAACGUCUUCACUGGAGCCAGACCAAAGGCCCCGAAGUCCUGCCGUGAGACACGCCUGGACCAUCGUCAACAUCUGUACAGAGAGUUGGAAAGAGAGUGUGAGCUAGCGAGAGAGUUAGAGGAAGAGCGACGGCAAGAUCUGUUGCUUGAGCUAGAAAGAGAGAGUGAGCUAGCGAGAGAGAGACAGCAAGAUCUAUGGAGCGAGGUAGAAAGAGAGUGUGAGCUAGCGAGAGAGUUAGAGGAAGAGCGACAACAGGAUCUGUUGGUUGAGCUAGAAAGAGAGUGUGAGCUAGCGAGAGAGUUAGAGGAAGAGCGACAACAGGAUCUGUUGGUUGAGCUAGAAAGAGAGAGUGAGCUAGCGAGAGAGAGACAGCAAGAUCUAUGGAGCGAGGUAGAAAGAGAGUGUGAGCUAGCGAGAGAGUUAGAGGAAGAGCGACAACAGGAUCUGUUGGUUGAGCUAGAAAGAGAGUGUGAGCUAGCGAGAGAGUUAGAGGAAGAGCGACAACAGGAUCUGUUGGUUGAGCUAGAAAGAGAGAGUGAGCUAGCGAGAGAGAGACAGCAAGAUCUAUGGAGCGAGGUAGAACGAGAGUGUGAGCUAGCGAGAGAGUUAGAGGAAGAGCGACAACAGGAUCUGUUGGUUGAGCUAGAAAGAGAGAGUGAGCUAGCGAGAGAGUUAGAGGAAGAGCGACGGCAAGAUCUGUUGGUUGAGCUAGAAAGAGAGAGUGAGCUAGCGAGAGAGAGACAGCAAGAUCUAUGGAGCGAGGUAGAGAUGUAGAGAGACAGAGCAAAUAUAUAGAUAGAGUUGAUUUAGAUUUUCCAAAACCCUUUUAUCAAUAAAAAUAGACAACUAAAGAUUUCA